UUUUUUUUUCAGAGAAAAGAAAAGAAACCAGACUCCUUCCUGCGUCAAAAUUUCAGAAAGCCUGAGCUCUUUCUUCUCCCAAAAAUUCUGAACCAAUUGGCUUGCAUUGAGAGAUAUCGCAAGAGAUUGCCAUGUACAACACGUUUCUCAUCUAGAUAUCGCAAGAGAUUGCCAUGUACAACACGUUUCUCAUCUACUCCCACUUCAUCCUUGAAUGUACUGCGCAGUUGCAAACUUGUAACAGAAGUAGGGCUUUUUUCUAUUGCCACUCUAAUAAAACAACUGAAAAUGGACGUACACAAUAAACCCAUCAGUGAGAAGUUUAAGUCGGGACGGAGGUAGUAUAAUUUAAGGCCGCUUCACAGCAAGACUCACUCUCACAGGUCUACAACAGAAAUAGAUGUUAAUUUCAUAUCCAGGUGGUGAUACUUUUCUUACAAGAAAUGUUCUGGCAGUUGUAGUGUAUAAAAUAUCUCAUUGGAGCUGGUGUUCUUUAUGAUGCAAAUGGCAAUUUCUUUGGACCCUCAUGGUGUGUUUCAUUUAUGGAAUGAGUAUGACGUUAUAACAUAUAAAAAAUACUGCUGGAAAUCGUGAGCACUCAAAACAAAGGACGGGUUUUGAUGAAUCGUGAUUAGAUGAGUCUACAUUGAGUGUGUAUCUUCAAAAAUAAACAUUGAGUGUUGUUUGUAGUAAACUCUAUAAUCACGUUUUCUCUCUGCAGUUUCUAUUUGUCUUCAAGUUCUUUCAUUCUAUGUUUGAGUGAUGGUUUAGUCUAAAAUCAUAUUACUUACGUUUAGGAUCAGAGUCUAAAGGCAGUUCUCAUAUUGCUCCUGGAUCUCAUUAUUGAUAUUAAGAUGCAGGUGUAAGUUUUAGCUAAUAAUUUUAGAUUAUAUCUUUACUCUCAGAGACUUGAAAAGUUGAAAGUUCCUUCCAAUUACAUGUUUAAUUCUAAUGGUGACUACAUGUUUAAUUCUAAUGGUGACUAUGCA